AUAAACUCAGAAAGUAGUAGUGUUGAAGACACCGGAAGCAUUGAGACUUUGAGACACUUGGUCAAUUUUGGUGCAACCAAAACAGCACAACAAUGAGCUGGUGGUGGGCAGGAGCCAUAGGAGCUGCAAAGAAAAAGUUUGAUCCCAACGAUGCACCACCCAAGUACCAGAGCGUGGCACUGGUGGCUGGGGUCACGGGGAUCGUGGGCAACAGCCUUGCUGAUAUCCUGCCGCUCCCCGACACCCCCGGUGGGCCCUGGAAGGUCUACGGGGUAGCCCGCAGGGCCCGCCCGGAUUGGAACGCUGAUCAUCCCAUCGAGUACAUCCAAUGUGAUCUCUCAGACCCUCAUCAAACACAUUCUGAACUCUCCCAACUGACCGAUGUCACACACAUCUUUUACGUCACUUGGGCCAGCAAGCCCACGGAAGCAGAGAACUGCGAGGCCAAUGGCAACAUGUUUCGAAACUUGUUGGAUGCUGUGAUCCCAAAUGCACCAAAUUUGCAGCACAUAUGCUUGCAAACAGGUCGCAAGCAUUACGUUGGUUCAUUUGAGAUGUUGGGAAAAGUUGAGCCUCAUGAGCCUCCAUUUCAUGAGGACCUCCCGAGGCUCAACGUGCCCAACUUUUACUACACAUUGGAGGACAUUUUGUUUGAGGAGGUGAAGAAGGAGGGGUUGACAUGGUCAGUGCACAGGCCUACUGUGAUUUUCGGGUUUUCGCCGUAUUGCUUGAUGAACAUAGUGGGGAGUUUGUGUGUUUACGCUGCGAUAUGUAAGCACGUAGGGAAGAAACUGAGGUUUUCGGGGAGCAGAGGAGUGUGGAACGGGUACUGGGAUGCCUCAGAUGCUGACCUGAUUGCUGAGCAUCAGAUAUGGGCAGCAGUUGAUCCUUAUGCAAAGAAUGAGGCUUUCAAUUGCAGCAAUGGGGAUGUGUAUAAGUGGAAGCAUUUGUGGAGGGUUUUGGCAGAACAGUUUGACAUGGAGUUUGAGGACUUUGAUGAUGAUGACGAGGGCGAAUUGAGGCCGAGCAUGGAGGAGAUGAUGAAAGAUAAGGGGCCAGUGUGGGAUGAGAUUGUGAGAGAGAAUGAUCUGGUGCCUACAAAAUUGGAAGAGAUUGGGAAUUGGUGGUUUGUGGAUGUCAUGUUUGGGGUAGAGUCAAGUGUGGACAGUAUGAAUAAGAGCAAAGAGCAUGGCUUUGUGGGGUUCAGGAACUCAAGGACAUCAUUUGUAACUUGGAUUGAUAAGAUGAAAUCUUACAGACUUGUUCCUUGAUGUGGUGGUGGUGGUGCCCAAGUUCUUUUUUUGUUUUUCUUGUUUUUGUUCCUUUGUCUUGUUGGUUUGGUUUUCUUAUGCUGCUGUUAGAAUUGUUUAGUUAAGGUUGUAAUACAAAAUCUUGGUGGUUAGGGUUUAUUGGCUUUGUAAUUUUGUGUGAAUUAUGAAUUAAGUCCAUGAAUUUUGGUCUUACAUUGCAAUGAUUUCAAGUCCCUUUUUUUGGGUAA